AUGGGUAGAUUAUCGGACAAAGUGGCCAUCGUCACCGGUGCAGCAUCAGGGUUUGGCAAAGGCAUAGCUAGAAAGUUCGCCGAGGAGGGCGCGAAAGUGAUCAUCUGCGAUCUAUCAGCGGACGCCGCAAAGGCUGCUGCAGAAGAGCUAUCCUGUGACGUCGCGGUUGCCAAUGUGACCCUGAGAGAGGACUGGGAACGCGUGCUCCAGCAAGCAUUGGACAAACACGGACGGCUUGACAUUAUCGUCAACAACGCCGGUGCGACGUACGUGAACAAACCAACCGUCGAUGUGGAAGACAAGGACUUCGAUCUCGUGAUGAACGUCAACGUAAAGUCGAUCUACCUAUCAAGCAGUGUUAUCGUGCCGUACUUCUUGAGGGAGAAACGGCCGGGCUGCUUCAUCCAGAUAUCGAGCACGGCGGCGCUACGGCCGCGUCCUGGUCUGACGUGGUACAAUGCGUCCAAGGCGGCUGUGAACACUGCUACGAAGACGAUGGCUGUCGAGUAUGGACCGAACAACAUCCGCUUCAAUUCCGUUUGUCCCGUGGUAGGGAUUACUGGAAUGACGCAUCUCUUCCUCGGAAAACCAGACACAGAAGAGAACCGGGCGGCUUUCGUGUCAACUAUCCCUAUUGGCCGACCUUCACAACCAGCCGACAUCGCUAAUGCAUGUUGCUAUCUGGCGAGCGACGAGGCGAAUUUUAUCACGGGUGUCAACCUAGAGGUCGAUGGUGGACGGUGUGUAUGA